AUGUUUUUAAAAGUGAAAUACCACGCGGAAGUGCAUUUCCUUAAAAUAAUCAAUCCUGAAAGUCAGGAGUUCUCGGUGGAUAAAACAAUUGCAUCAAUUGUACAACAAUUAAAUAUUGAUACUGAGUAUGCGGAAUUCUGGGCCGUUUCCACUGUCAUGACGCGAGAAAAUAUGAUUCCACGCUCUCGUCUACUCAACGAAACUCCUAAGGGCGACGAAACUAGUCAACAAUCCGAUACUAUUGCUGCGCUAAUACCCUUUUGGGAUAUGGCAAAUCAUUUUCAAGGCCGUGUCACCUCCUUCUUUAAUAUUGAGAAGCAAGAGAUGGAGAGCUCCGCUCAAUCGGAUUUUAAAGUUGGGGACCAGAUUUUCAUACACUAUGGCGAUCGUUCUAACGCUGAUCUAAUGAUCCAUAAUGGCUUUAUCAACGCCACCAACCCGAAGGACUAUGUGUGCAUCAAACUCGGUCUGGGUACCUCGGAUCCGCUUUUCGAGCAACGCGCCAAACUCCUUUCAUUGAUGAAGAUAACAAAGAAUACCGACCUGAAAGUGUUGCCUCCGCCCGCUUACAUAUCACCCGAACUGCUGGCGUUCGUGCGCGUUUUCAACAUGAACGCCCAGCAGCUGGAACACUGGAUUACAUCCGAACGUGCCAUGGAUUUGUUGCAUAUCGACUGCGCGCUCGAAACAGCGCUCGUAUCGAAAACCUGGCAGUACUUGCAGACACGUCUCAUGCUCUUGCUGCGCGUUUUUCCCACCACGCUGGAGGCGGACGAGGAGAAAUUGGCUGCGUACAAGAAGGGCGAGUUAUACUUUUGCUACAUCGAGGCGAUGAUUUUGGAGUAUCGUGUGCUGGAGAAGCGCAUACUAGCGGCGGCGCUCGACUAUGCCAAACAACGUGUCAAAACUUAG